UACAUGCCUGGACACCUGCCAGGUCCUCAGAAAGUGUGUCUUCCUGCAGUUCUCACUGUCACCGGGGAGCCCUGCCACUUCCCCUUCCAGUACCGCAGACAGCUAUACUAUACCUGCAUCCACCAUGCCCGGCCCGGCCCCCGGCCCUGGUGUGCCACCACACCCAACUUCGAUCAGGACCAGCAGUGGGCGUACUGCCAGGAGCGCCAGAAAGUGCAAGAUCACUGUGGCAAACACAGUCCCUGUCACAGAGGAGCGACGUGUGUGAACACACCCCGGGGUCCACACUGCUUCUGCCCACAGCACCUCACAGGGAAGCACUGCGAGCGAGAGAAGUGUUUUGAGCCUCAGCUCCUCCGGACCUUCCAUGAGAACGACGUUUGGCAUAGGUUUGAGGCGGGAGGUGUGGCCAGGUGCCGUUGCAAAGGUCCUGAUGCGCACUGCAAGCUAUUGGCCAGCCAGGUGUGCCCCACCAACCCGUGCCUGAACCAGGGCCGCUGCCUAAUGGCGGAGGGACAUCGCCUGUGUCAGUGCCCCCCACCCUACAAAGGGCCCUUCUGCGACUUGGACACGGAAGCCAGCUGCUACCAAGGCAGAGGGCUCAACUACCGGGGCAUGGCCAAGACUACCGUCUCGGGAGCCUCGUGUCAGUCGUGGGACUCGGAGGCCACCUACCGGAACAUGACGGCCGAGCAAGCGCUGCGUCUGGGACUGGGCCACCACGCCUUCUGCCGGAACCCCGACAAUGACCUCCGGCCGUGGUGCUUCGUGUUAAGCGGCGAUCGGCUGAGCUGGGAGUACUGCGCCCUGGAGCCAUGCCAGACUCCAGCCCAGACCGCGCCUCCGGUCCGGGUGCUCCCGGAGCGGCAGGACUCACCCUUGCCUCGGCCCUCGGCACAGCAGAAACCUCAGCCCACCACCCUGACGCCGCUGCCUCCUCCGGCCGAGACCUCAGCCUUGCCCGACGUGUCCCAGGGGCAGACGCCCCCGUUCCAGUGCGGACAGCGGCUCCGCAAGCAGCUGAGCAGGAUUGUCGGUGGCCUGGUGGCUCUGCCCGGGGCACACCCCUACAUGGCCGCGCUGUACUGGGGCCACAGUUUCUGUGCCGGCAGCCUCAUCGCCCCGUGCUGGGUGCUGACGGCGGCCCACUGCCUCCAGAACAGACCGGCGCCAGAAGAGCUGACGGUGGUGCUAGGCCAGGAACUCCAUAACCAAAGCUGCGCGCGGUGCCAGACGCUGACUGUGCGCUCCUAUCACCUGCACGAGGAUUUCUCACCCAUCAGCUACCAGCAUGACUUAGCUCUUCUGCGCCUGCAGGAGAGUGCGACCGGCAGCUGCGCGCUCCUGUCCACUUACGUGCAGCCCGUGUGCCUGCCCAGCGGCAUCGCCCAGACUGCGGAAUCAGAGGGCGCGCUCUGCGAGGUGGCUGGCUGGGGCCACCAGUAUGAGGGGGCCGAGGAGUACUCCAGCUUCCUGCAGGAGGCACAGGUGCCCCUGGUCUCCUCCGAGCGCUGCUCCGCCCCCGACGUGCACGGAGCCGCCAUCCUCCCCGGAAUGUUGUGCGCCGGCUUCCUCGAGGGCGGCACGGACGCGUGCCAGGGUGACUCCGGGGGUCCUCUCGUGUGUGAGGAAGGGGACGAGAAGCCGAAGCUCACCCUGCGAGGCAUCAUCAGCUGGGGCUCGGGCUGUGGCGACCGCUACAAGCCUGGCGUCUACACGGAUGUGGCCAACUACCUGGCUUGGAUCCGGGAACACACUGCUACCUGACGGCUCAUGGACAGGAGAGUGGUCAGCGACGAUGGCAGCGGUGCAGGAACUCAAUAAAGCGCUUUGAACCUGC